AUUUUUUCCCCAACUCGUAAUGUAUUUAAUUCAAGUGAAACGUAAUCAUGACGUGUCCUGUCAUUAAUCCGCCCGCCGCCUCUCCCAGGACUAAAGGAGGUGGCCAUCAAAGCAGUGUGUCCCCCGUCUGCCAAGAAACUGAAGCAUGGCAUAGCAGUAAACACACGACUGAGAAUGGAUUCUCCUCCUGAAUGUGUGUUGGCUCUUUCGUGUGAGCUGCCCCAGUCACCCCCUACACUACCAUCGCUGGACCACAGUCCCCAGGCCUCUCCUCACUCUACCUCCCACCUCUCCCCUUCACACAGCCCCUUGGACCUGCCCCUAGCCCAUAGCCCCUCAGCCCUGUCCCACACACCAGAACCCCUGUCGACCACCCCCUACUUCCCCCUUUCCUCCUUCCCCCUCAACCACCACGAUGAGGAAGAGGAGGAGGAUGAAGAGGAGCUGUCAGCCCCUCCGUCCCCCACCCCGGCCGUGGCUCUUUUCCCGGGGGGUCUUCCGGAGGUGUGUAGCCCCUCUCCGGAGAGCUCUCCUCCGGUCACUCCGACAUCAUCGGCCCCUCUCACCGGGUUCGGGGCCCUGGAGCUGGCACUGUCCUCCGGGCAGCAGGGUGCCACCUGUAGUGAUGAGCUAGACCUCCAGCUCUUCCAUAAGGACGGGGGGAGUCUGUUAGGGUCUCUGCCCGGGAGGAAGGGUGUUUCUAGGGGAGCGGCCGGACUCAAGUUCCCCUGUCUGGUUUGUGGGAAGAGAUUCCGCUUCCAGAGUAUCUUGUCACUCCACGCCCGCGCUCACAGUCUGGACCGGGACCGCCGCGCCUCAGCUCUGUACCGCAACACCGGCACCACGACCGGGAGCAUCAUUGGGACGGGGUCCACGGCGCAUCUCAAAGCCCACCAGAACCACAACGACGUGGGGCAGAACCACCACAGCCACCGCCAGAGUCCCCUGCUGUCUGUAUCUCUAACCCAGGGACUGAGAGGGGAGGAUGGGGAUGGGGAUGCUCUAGAGGAGGCUCUGCAGAUGGAUCACCAGACCCUCCAGCCGUUCCUAAUGGAUGAGAGCACACUGCUGAGCCCUCCGCUGACCGAGGAGGUGCCCCUCUCCCUCACCUCCCCCUACUCCUCUUCCUGCGGCCUGGGUGGCACGGGUCCUGCCAUCUUCGAAGAAGCCGCCCUGGCCACAGCGGCAGCACCCACAUUCCGCUGCCACGCCUGCAAGGGCAAAUUCCGCACAGCUUCGGAGCUGUCUCGUCACGUCCGCAUCCUCCACAACCCGUACAAGUGCACCCUGUGCUCCUUCUCCGCCAGCCAGGAAGAACGCCUGGCCGCACACCUCCACGACAGCCACCCCUCCCUGUCCCUCUCCCCCCCGGUGGAACUCCCCGCCCUGCCCCCCUACACCCCCAGACACCCCCCCAUCGUAACCACCACCACUACCAUCAUCCCCACCCCCAUCCCAGACACUCUCGUUCCCACCCCCACCCUGGCCCCAGGGGCUCCGCCUCUGCCGGCCUUCCGCUGUGAGACGUGCGGCCAGCGCUUCACCCAGUCCUGGUUCCUGAAGGGCCACAUGAGGAAGCACAAGGAUUCUCUGGACCACAAAUGUCAGGUGUGCGGCCGUGGCUUCAAGGAGCCUUGGUUCCUCAAGAACCACAUGAAGGUGCACCUCAACAAGCUGGGCCUGAAGGCGGGGCUGGGGGGGCUGCUGGCUCCUAUGGCCGGGGCUGAACAAAGAGCCCUCAAAGGCUCGGUCACCAGCCAGGGCCUUAACGCUCUCUACUCCAGCCUCUUGCUGGCUCGUGGUGGAGGGGGAAGAGGGGGACGAGCAAGGGCUGAGCGGGACGGUGCCGGAGUCUCUAGUAAAUCGGCCAUCUUGGGCUACCUGGGGUUGCCCAGCGAUGGUGGUGGCGGCGCCAGCUGCAUGGAGCGGCUGCAGGCCGUGGCUCAGGUGGCGGAGAUGGGGAAUGGGAGCGGAGGAGGAGGGGGAGGAGGAAACGGAGGAGGAGGAGAGACAGCGGCAGAUGGAGGGGACCAGAUAGCCAUGUGGCAGCUGGUAGCUCGUAGCCUAGUAGCAGCUCAACAGGCCCAGCAAGCCCAGCAGGCUCAGAGGCAGACGCAGAGGACCCAGCAACUGCACCGAGCCCCAUCCAGGAGCUCCGUGGUGGGAGAGGCUGAGCAGGUCAGGGCCUACCUUGGAGGUCUGGAUCCCCGAGAGGAGCCUCCGUCCUCCGGAGCCCCAUGGGAGUGCCCCGACUGUGGGAAGCUGUUCCGGAGCCUGCAGCAGGUGGUGGCGCACGCCCGCGUCCACAUCCAGCGGCCCCAUAAGAACCACGGUCACCCCCCGCGCCACGCCGGAGGAGGAGAGGAGGAUGGAGGGGCGAGCCGUAGUGGGGGGGGACGAGGAGGAGGUGGGAGAGGAGGUAGUAGCGAGGGAAGACAGGAGUCCAAACUUCAAAGUGGACCUCAACAUCAGUCAGCAGCCGGUGGAGGGUUCCACUCAGUGAUGUCACAGUUCCAAGGAGAGAACGGUCUAUCUGGGUCAUCUUCAGGUUCGUCCGUGACUUCUAGGGAGCGUGUGCGAGGCACAGGGGUGAAAGACUGCCCCUAUUGCGGUAAAGCUUUCCGCUCGUCCCAUCACCUUAAAGUGCAUCUGAGAGUUCACACAGGGGAGAGACCGUAUAAAUGUCCCCACUGUGACUACGCGGGAACCCAGUCAGGCUCUCUAAAGUACCACCUCCAGAGGCACCACAGAGAACAGAGGAACGCCAUGGGGGCCUCUUCAUCCACCGCCUCCUCCCCCGGCCUCACUUCCGCCUCUCUGGGAGGUGGUGGAGGAGCACCACGGGGGGAGGGAAGGGAGGGGAUGGCCAAACAGCGCCGGCCCCAGAGCUUCACCCAUGGCUCAGCCGCUAGAACCCCGGCAGAGACCGCUUCCUCCAGGCACAACCAGCAUCAGCCCUGGAUCCUGGGCCUUCCCGAGCAGAGAGACAGGGACCAUGGGAAGGCCAUGGGAGGACUGAGGGAGGCAGAUCUGGAGAGCCAGUACCGGUACCUAUCCGGGGUGAUGGGGGCGCUGUACCAGGGGGGGAUGGAGGGAGGGUGGACAGGGGAGUCCCCUACCCCCACCCCGCCCCCGCCAAAGGCACCCAAAGUGUCCCGCCGCAAACCACUCACCACCAGCCGCAUGGUGCCAGCUAAUGGGAGGGAGCGGAUGGGAGGGGGAUCAGCUCGGGGCACCCAGGAGGGAGGCUUGUUGUCCCAGCCCCUGGAUCUCUCCCGCCGCCCCUCCCCUGGGCUCGGAGGUCUGGAGGAGGAUGGAGUACCGGGAGGUGGUGGUGGAGGAGGAGGAGGAGCAGGGGUCACCCUUAACCAGUGCCUGUUCUGUCCCUUCCGUACCUGCUCAGCCGAGCUGAUGGCCAUGCACCUCCAGGUCAACCACACCAGCAAGUCCAGGCGUAAGAGGGGGGCCCACAACCCCAGCUCCCUGGGGGAACACGGGCCCCAGAGGCCACCCCAACCCCGGGCAGACCCAGACCCCCUAGCCCUGUGGAGGUACCUGAGCGAGAGUGAAGAUAGGGCCCCCCUCGAGGAAUGGGCCUCAUCCAGGGUGGAGAGGGAGAGAGGGAUGGAGAACGGCCUCACCCCAGAGGAAGUGGACCUAGAGGGCAGCUACAACCUCCACCACCCCCUGCAGGCUUCUAACCAGGCCUUCCCCACACCCAGGAACACAAGGAGUGGCCUCGCUGGCCUGGGGCAGGAAGGCAAGGUGGAGGAGGAUGGGGAAGAGGAGGAUGGAGAAGAGGAGGAUGGAGAAGAGGAGGAUUUGGAAAGGGAGAGCAGUAGUCCAGGGGAUUCCCCUAUAGAGCAUGGGAUGAGGAUGUCUCUCUCCAUGUCACCUGCCCUCGGCUCUGACCGUCUUACACGAGAGGAGGAAGCAGUGAUGGGAGACUAAACGGCAACAACAUCAUCCUGCAGAGAGAUGGGAAGAGGGAGUUCAACUAGACAGGGCAGAAGUUUAGGAGUCAAAUGUUGGGGGUCAUUAUAUCACUUCCUCGUUCUCUUACAUACAGCAGUUCAGGGUCAUUGUCAUGGUAAGUCCGCUGACAAGUAUAACUAAGGACCACGGACUGAGAUGCACCUCCAUUGAGAGUGUUGUGUAAACAUCAUCUCUCCUAAGGAAGCCCAUUUAAAAAUCAUACAUUUUUCUCUCGUCUUUUAAUAUUUACAUCCCGGGAGUUCAGUGCAGUCCUCUUGAUUUUCUCAACCAACCACAACCCCCCUUGUACAUACAGACAGUGCAGUGUGAAUCGUUUCUCUUCAGGACUUUUGAGGCCUUGAGUUCUAUAUUCCAGAGUUUCCUGUUUUCCAUUCCGUCUCCUAUCAAGAGGGCUAAUUGUGAUGAUUUGCUCGAGAUUGUCCGAUGGCUGCUGUUAAGUCUUAAUAUUACUAUGUGAGAACAAAUAAACUGUAACAUUCUACCAUUCCAGAGAACACAAAAAUGAUUUUAUCAGACCUUAUACUUCAUGUUUUGAGAAUAAUACUACUUCUAUGAGUAACAUUGUUGAUUAGUUAUACUUUAGCAGAACAAGUGUCAAAAGAAGCCGAACUUCAUCCCAACUGCCGUUUAGAUACGUUACCACUUGUCACUUUGACAUUUCAAGUUCAUAUUACGGUCUGUUCAAGAGCACUGAUUCGAUAACCGUGGUUCAACCACAACCGUUCAAGCCGUAAACUCAAACUAAGCUAUCCAGCUGUCUGCAACAAAUAACACGACAGGAGCAACUUUUUACCAGAUGAAGAUGACAAUGAUUAGGGAUAAAAUAACCCCUGACCCUGAUAUCACUGCCUCUCAUUGGUCGGAUUGCUGUUCCGAGGUCACCACAGGAACAGUUAGUCAUUUCCUGUUUUCCCCUCAGUUUAGUGCCUGUCUAUGUUUGGAAUGUCGUCAAGGGAGUUCUACAGGAUAGCCCUCUGUUUCUGGGCUCUUAUAGGACAAUGAUAUCUGAGAAUACAGUAUAAAGCUAAAGUAUAUAUGUAAAAAAAAAAAAAAAAAAAAUUGGUUCUAGG